UCUAAAGUAGGAACUAAUAUUUAACUGGUGUUGUAUAUAAUUAUAGUUAAAAAGGAUAAAAAUGAAAUAAGAACAAACAUCAUAAUUAGGUGAAAGAGGAGGUUUUGAAAAGGGAGAAAAGUGAAGAAAAAUCUUUAAAAAAGACUAAAUAAAUCGAAAAUUGGAGAACAACCCUCUCAAAGGAGAAUUCAUAUGGGGAACUAGAAAAACCCGCUCAAGGAAAAAUUCUAGAGAAAACCUUUUUUUUUUUGGGUUUUUCUAAGCUAUGCCCCUAAAGUUCUUCGGUUUCUAAGUUGUACCCACGGUUUUUAAAACGUCUAAGCUAUGCCCUCCACCUUACUAUUUUUAAUUAACAAUACCCUAUAUUAUCAUCAGUAAUUAAUCGACGUUAAUCUCUGUUAGUUGUCGUUGCUAGUUAAAAUAGAAAAUAAAAAGAAAAAAAAACGAUUGAAUUCCCUUUAAAAAAAACGAUUAAAAUAAAAAAAAAAAUCCUUCUUGUUCCCUUACACACACUGAUCAAACUCCUCUUCUACUCUGUUUCAUAAACACUCAAAAGAAAAUCAAAACCCUUAAAAAGUAGUGCCCAGAAUUUGCGAUUGAAAUCAAACAAAGAAUGCGAUGAUCGAUCUUCAUUUAUAAACACAGCUUUCGUUGUUGAAUUUCGCGGAUCGAAACUCGUCUUUGUGCUUGCGUUUUGGUUGCGAGGUGGAGUCGUGGUGGCUGGGCAAUUGAAUUAUACCUAAGGUCGAAAAUUUCGGACUCUAAGACAGAAUGGGUGAAUGGGUGUUGAAAAUGCAUUUUAUGGGUAACUCUGUUGAUGUUAUGGUUGCUGAUAUAGAUGAAUGUUUACCGAUAGAUGUAGUGAAUGAUAUGGUUGAAAAUUUUAAUUCUUUUGGGUAUGAACUCCCUACUUUUCCUGGGUUAAGUUAUUGUUCUAAUGGGAAGAGUCAUGCACUUACUGAUGAUAAAACACUAAUGACCAUGUUUGAGGUAGUUGAGUCCAAAAGCAUAGACGUAUGGAUUGGUUGUUUGAAGCAACCUAAUUUUAUUUGGACCUCUGAAAAGGUUAGGUUGAAUGGAUCAAAUGUAAGUGCUUCAGCAGGACCACCUAAACCACUACUAACUAAACUGCCAGUUAGGAGGGGUAAGCCUGAAGAACAAAAUUCUGGUAAUCUAUCUCCAACCCCUUCAUCUCAUGCACCAUCUAAAAUUCAAUCUCCUGAACAUAGUCAAACCCUUACUUUGCCAAGCCCAAGAAGAAGCCCCAGGCUUAUGGCUUCUAACCCCCCAACCACACAACAAUCCUUAAUCAACCCUUCUACUUCAGGUGUAACCCAAACAGGUCCUAGUGUUAGUCGUACUACCCGUACUAAACCAAACAAUAUUCUUAAGCCUUCUUCAUUCCCUCAUGGUAAAAAAAUAUCAAAAUCUACCCUUAAAUUCAAGGGUUUAUGGAAUCCACCUCAACCAAAUACUAAAGCCAAUGAAGUUCAAGAGGAGCAACACAUUGAUGGUGUUCCAACCCUCAUACCACCAACAAUGAAACGAAGUAUUGGCAGACCAUCAAGAAAUAGGAGGAGAGAGGAAGGGGAGCAGAGAUAAGGAAAAAGAAGCGCAACCGUUCAAUGUAGUAACUGCAAGAAUUAUGGGCAUAAUAUGGCAACAUGCAAAGGUGGCCCAACUGCAUGAGAAGUAGCCGAGCAACAAGGGAAGACUAUGCCACAAAAGAGUGGCAAUAAAGGAAAGAAAGCAUAGAGACCACCUGAAAAUAAUAAUGUUGACUUCUCCUUGAUUGAAUUGAUGAUCAAUGGAAAUUACACUAGUGAAGGUGCUGAUAGAACAAACAACCGUACUCGUUACAGUGGUACAUCAAAAGGGAAAGGAAAGUUACACCAAGAUCAAUCCAGCAACAGUAAUGCAUUUGAUCAUAGCUUCAUUGAUACCAUGAUUGCAUCUUCACCGCCCCUAGUUCAAACAUCAAACCAAAGUGCAGAGUGGCAGCAAUCGAUGAGUCAGCCUUAAGUCAAAUUCCUUAAGCAAGCCAAGAUAAACUCUAGAAUGUUAUGCUAUUAGUGUUAUGUCAGGCAUGCAAGUGGCCUAGUUUUGUGGCAAACUAAUACUUUUUAAGCCAACUUUUGUGUUAUUUCUACUAAGUGAUGAUGUAAUUUUUUAACAGAUUGUGAUUAUGUGCUUUUGGUUGACAUUAUGGAAUAUAAAUUGCAAAUUGUCACUAAUUUUAAUUUGAAAUGUUAUAUUAUCAAAUUCAAUACAAAACUCAAAAUAAACAGUAAUAUGAUAAACUAUUAUUAAUUAAAAAAAAGGGCAGUACAUCACCUCAUUAGAUCAUACACAAACCAAGCUUAUUAUGAUUCUCAAACCAUACACUACUUAAACACCACUUACAGUUUCAAUAUGAUAAUUAACAACAAAAACAUAACUACCCCAAUUUUAAACAUGUCCUUAAAAGAAGCAGUAACAUUAUCAACUUUCUGCCUUAAAUUCCCCAAUUCACGCUUCACCUCCAUCAGCGCACCAUUGUCAACGCUUUCACCACCAUCAAAACCAUCGUAAUACGCUUGUUGGUACUCUCCUCUCCACAACAUGUUAUGAGGGCCUACCCAUUCGAAAAAUCUGCAAAAAUCACACCUCCAAUAUGCCUUUCUAGGGUUCCUUGUUGAAGUGGAAACAUGUAACUUGCAAUCUAAAGGAGGCUUGCAAUUGCACUUGCGACUAACAAAAUCCCAUUGACAACUAGAAAUUGCUGGAGAAGAACGGGAGCUUGUCAUCGUAAUAGCUAAAUUUUUUGGGCUAAAUUUUUUGUAGACAAGAAGAAACAGGGGAACUGUGUUAUACAAGCCCCCUUUUAUAAUACAAGUAAAACCCUAACAAUUAUGGCGGCAAAUAUUCCCUCCAAACAGAGGACUUAACAGUUCCACGACUACUAACGGAGUUUAAACGUAAUUGGUUAUUGUUAAUUAAAAAUAGUAAAGUGGAGGGCAUAGCUUAGACAUUUUAAAAACCGUGGGCACAGCUUAGAAACCGAAGAAGUUUAGGGGCAUAGCUUAGAAAAACCCUUUUUUUUUUUUUUUUUUUUUUUUUUUUUUAGGUUUGAAUUUGGGUUAAAAAAAAUUUGGAGGGAUGAGUCACAAUGUCACAAUUUAAAAACAAUACAUAAAGGGCCCAAGGUUCAACAGUAGACCCAUUAUCAACCGUUGAAUUAGUUGUGAAAUUUUUUAGAACAUCAAAGGAAAUGCACCCGUAAUCUCACUUAGCUAGCUAAUUGCUUGCGAAGGAAGGAUUUACCUAAACUAAACACACGAGUAACAAUGGUAGCAAUACCAUGGAAAUACACAUGUAAAUUCUAGAAUCAAUACUAUGUAAUUCCUCUGGUUCACAUUAGACUAUUAAUUGACAAAUUUCAUUUAGACAUAUUUGUUGACGCAUAAUCUCUUAUACUUCGUAUUAAUAUCUUCAAGUGUUAAUAAGCAAAUAUUAUGAAAAUUAAUGUUUGGAAAAUAGAUGCAGAGAAUCUAACAAGAUCUAACAUGAAUAUGUUUUUCCUUAAAAAUAAUCGCAAAUUGAAAUAAAAGUAACUGAUGUAAUUAGUGCCCAAAGUCAAACUGUGUGGGCUGAAAAGCCUAAAAAGAAACAAAAAAAAAAAUAUAUCAAAAACUUUUGUAUACACCAGGUUUAUACUAAUUU